UUAGUUCUCACCAGUCCUCUCAUUUGGUCAGCAAACAAGAUGGGUUGUUUUAGGGGUCUUCUCAUGGUUUAUUUGGUCUUGUUAUCAUGCAUAAUUGAAGCCUCUGAAGCUGAACUCUCUAAAAAAAUGCUCAAGAAGAUGAAGAAGGUGAACAGGGAAGGGCCAUUUGUUGGAGUUCUGGUCCCAAGCAAGUCUUUAUUGGAGCCUGUUCUUCAAUCAUCAAGCUAUGAAUCUGAGGAUAAACCUUACGACCGCGUUGAUUAUGCAGGGAGGAGAUUUCAUAUAGGUGAAUUUGAAGAUAAGAGUGCAAUACUGGCUGUAACUGGGAAAGGCAUGAGAUAUGGAGAUGGGCCAGAAGACAAACUCUCUCUGGAGGAAGAUGGAGACUUUACUAGGGAAUAUGGGUACUUGAAUUUCGGAAAUUAUACGUACAAAACAAAAGAUGAUGAUUCUGCAGAUAAUUUCCUGAAUAAUAUUUGGUAUCAACCAGAAGAGAUUUUUCAUUCUGAAGAAGACCCUGAUUCGAAGAGUAAAACUUUCUGGGUUCCUGUUUGUCAAUCUAUAUAUGAAUUCACCAGAGAACUCGAGGCAAGUAGAACUAAUUAA